UGUCGCUUCUUGGGUCCGUCUCCCCGGAAAGAAUCCCCCGUUCUCUCCAUUAAAACCCGGCUCGUGUCCUACGGCGCUGAGACGGGAAGGGAAUAGCGUGGGAGCCGGUGGAGGCUGCCUGCCCCGCUGCCCUUCCAGGCUGGUGUCUCCGCGGAGAAAUUGCCCUCCUUCCUUCUCCGGGCCUCUUCCCUCAUCCGCAGCACCUCGCGGGUUCGCUGCCCGGCCUGGGCUCCGUGCCGCGCUGUGCAGCCGGGCUGCCCCGGUGCUCACCUGUGCCGCUGCUCCCGCAGGCCCUUCCCUAAGCCCGGCGGGGAUCGUCGCCUUUCUCCGUAGUUUGCUGUGGAAAACUGUUAGGAUGGAGAAUGUCUAACCUGAGCCGGUUAUUGGUGUGGGUGCUGAGGCUGUCUGGACUAUAGAAGUAGUAGUAUAUAACACUCAGAUGUGAGGUUGUGUCUUCUGUUGUGUUGGUUAGGAGUCAGUAAUGCUGUUGUAUUGGUUUUUAUUCACUUUAUGUUGUCAUAUCUCUGUAAUUUUUAGAUGUGUGACUUUUAAAGAGGUUUUCUCUCAUUAAUCAGUCUGAAACUUGAGGCAUGCCAGGCAUUCCCCGUCGCCUGAAUUUGUCUAGCAGUAAAAUAAAAAAUGUAUUAUCUAGGUUGUAAGCUCUUUGAGGCAGAAACUGAAUACGUCUGUACCAAUCCCGAUGGAGAGAUUUGGCUCAGGCCUUCCUCCCAGCCUCUGAGUCAAGGCCCUAGCUUAGAAACACAGAUGGUGGAUGAUGAAACUGAGCCUGCAAGUGAAGAAUUGCCUCCUCAUCUGCGGGAAGAGCCUCCCGAAGAUGCCAGCAAGGACCACCCACAGCAGCAGGCAGGAGUCAUCUGGAGAGUGACAGGCGGCCUAUUCAGUAUCACCCGGGGAGCUGUGGGGGCCACACUGGGAGGAGUUGCCUGGGUGGGCAGCAAGAGUCUGGAGCUCACCAAAACAGCUGUGACCAGUGUCCCCGCUGCCGGCGUUGGACUGGUGAAGGGCAGCGUCUCGGCGGUGACCGGCGGCGUCGGAGCUGUGGGCAGCGCGGUCGCCAGCAAAGUCCCUUUCACUGCAAAGAAGAAGGACAAGGCUGACUAAUCCCUGUCACGGCUCCCUUCCAAAAGAUCAACCUGCCCAUACUGUCCCCCUACCCAGCACCUCUUUGAGUUGGAACCAGCCGCUUCAGGGAGGCUCGAGCACCCGAGCAGACUCCGGCUGCAGCCUGCUCAGCACCGCCUGCCUAGCUCAGAGCUCACAGAGCCGCUGUCAAUGCCUUUCACUCCCAUCACCUGCUGGGAACCAUCUUCACUCUGAGGACUUUAAAGGCGCAGUUGUCUCUGUCUUGUAGUUUCCUUCUUCCCUUCUUGUUCUUGUAAGCAUGGAGGGAUGGGAGAAGGCAUCAGGCUCCAUCUGCCUGGAGGUGAAGGGAGUAGCAGGGGAUGGGGUGGAACUAUGCCUAGCUUGAAGUGUGGGUUGUGUAUUCAAAUUCAACUUCAGCUGGGAAGACAGCCUCUGAAACACCCCUUCCCUCUGGAAGGUGUGUUUGGGAGGUGUGCCUGGCAGAGAACUGCAGAAGUCCCAUCGACGCAAAGGAGAUAUACUGUGAAGAGGGGGAAGCCUCCCUCCUGCCCUGCACCUCUUUUCUUUGCAGGGCCCAUCCCCACAAGCUGCUCCCAGUCACUGACUCCCUGGCUGAAUUGAACCCUUCAGAGAGGGAACCCUCAAGCUCAGCAGAGCAGCUCUGGGAUGAUGCCACACCACAGCAUGAUACAUCCCAGACCAUCAACUUCUGCACAGAUUUUCUUGGUGAGAGGGAGGAAUAUAAAAGCUGCUGUAUGUUCCCAUUUGAGGAAGGAGCUGUCAGUGGCACUUGCCAGGCCUCUGUGAUAUUGCAGUUCAGGCAGUGAUGUUCCACAGAGAGACCAGGCCUUUUGUUUGACCCUUAAAGUCCUUCCAGUAUCCCAUUCUGUAACAAGGGCAUUUUGUCUCCUGGCCACACUCACACUCCACAGACGUCACUAGUAACCAGGAGCAAGUGUGUUCCCAAAUGCCAUCCAAAUUCUGCUUCAGGGAUGGUGGGGAAGCUGAGAGUCUUGCUCUCCCCAUGACUCAGCACCCUGGGAGUGGGGGCCUGGGUGUGAGUGGGCUGCACCAUGUUGGAAAACACUUCCCAAGGGGCUGAGCAUGCUCCAACAGCAGUUAGCCUGCACAGGGCACCAGCAACUCCUCUUCUGCACGCUGCUCCUGCGGCCCCAGCCCGGCUCCUCUAAAGGACCAUGUUGCACUAAAUAGCCCACCCAUAGUCGUAGUGCCGCAGAAACCCAGACACCUGCAUCCAUCUGGGAGUCACAGCCAUCCUCAGCCUGGCCCCUGAUGCUCAGCGGGCCAUGUACAGACACAUACAAACACAAACAUGCACUCACUCACUCCCUCCAAGGUCCCCUGUAAUUCUUGGGAUGAAGAAAGCCCCAGGCUCCACCAUUAACUCUGCAGCUCCUGGCUUUGGCAGGUGAUUUGCCUAGGUCUGUAGGUGUUGGAUGCAUAGGCAAGGGAAGCAGUGCUUGUGCUGUAUUUUAUAAACACGCGUGUGUGUUAGCGUGCGUGUAAGUCCACAGACGUCUUCAGCCAGGGAAUCAAACCUGUGCCACUGCUGCAGAGGAGUUCACACAGUCAUCUUUGACACUUCCAGAGUAUAGUUUUUAUAUAGGGUCCUGGUCAAAAGAAAAAUCAUGUUUUAGAGGAUGUUUUGCCCUCUGUUGCCCAAGAGCAUAGUUUAUUGAAACCAAAGGAAUGUGAAAAAUCCCCUUUCUCUUGUCUAUGCUGUUUGUUUUCUCUCAGCCCUAUCUUUUGGACGUUGAAGCCAACUUUCUUGAUCUUCAUUUCCCCUUGGAGGUCGUUGCACUUCCUGACUGCUCUCUUGUGCUUAGGACUUAGACAUCAGGGAAUAUUUAAGUACAACACACAUACACCCCCGCCACCAUUUUUGCUGAAUGUUCUUGAGCUUGUGAUGCAGUUUUCAUUCUGACCUUUAUUAAAUCCACAUUUUGGGAUGUAUGUUGCUGUGUCCCCCUGAUAAUCAUGCUGGUGUUAGUCACUCUCCAUACCCUUUGCUAGGUAGCCCCUGCUGUUUGCAGUGGUAAGAAGCUGCUGAUCUCCACAUUUUGCUACUCUUGACAGUAUGAGAAAGGUUUGACUUACAUUUUUGUUUCUGAAACGGAAGCAGCAUUUGGUAGGUGUGUGCAUUUCCUCACUUUGUGUCCUUUGUUCUGGUGAAGGCCAAGUUGACCCUGACAUGCCGGUUUUGUCUCUGAAGGCAGCAGCUUCACAGAAAGAUCGGGCCUUGAUGUGUGCCUGUACUUUGCUGGGAUGCUCGUGGCAGUUGUCAAGGCCAGAAGAAGUCCUGUCUGUUCUCCCUUUGUCUCAAACGCUCUGCAAAGCUGGAGGACAGUUUGCACUGCAUGGAUCUCUGCUCGCUGCUCUCCCUGAGCACAACUCAUCUCUUAUUCCAGAUCACAGACUGCCUCUGAAGUGAGCUCUAGCCCCAAAGCUGAAAGCUGCUUGUGUGUAACUAGCUGUGUUGUCACCAACCCUCUGAGAAAGAUAGCUUCUGGCCAUUGGGAUAGAAGAGUCUUCUUCCUCAAUGUCUCUCCAAGGUCUUGGAUGGGAGAAGAUAGAAUGUAAGAACCUUCAGCAGCCAGCCCUGGGUGGCUGGUGGGAGGGUGAUUGUGCUUUUGGCUAAAUAGUGUCUCUUGCUGGGGAAGGCAGUACAUCCUGCCAUCCUGCCCAAGCUGUUGUCUGCAGGCCUGUGUGUACACAUCAGGUGUGGCAAAUGGGAUAAGGUGAUGUAAGGAAAGCCACUGGGGCCCUGAGGGUUUCCCAUCUUUUUAUUUCUUCUCUUCUGUGCAUCCUUGCAGGAAAUAGAGUAAAGCCUAUCAUUUGUCUGGAACUGCCAUUUCCUUGCAGGAUGGCCUGGAGAAGAAGAGAUGAGCUGGUGAGGAGAACUCACAGCCUAAAUCACUGUUCUUACAGCCCAGCUGAAAGGACAGCUCAGGGACCGUGAGUAGCAAGAGAUCAAAUUAGCAGGCAGGGGUAGAAGAUUAAAUCUACUCCUAAAACAAGGCCUCACACUGCUAAACAGGCAUUCAGGAAUAAGUGACUCUCCAGGACUCAAAGGCUUUAAGAAAGUCUGUGCUAGGCCUGCUCAGUUCACCAUGGUGACCCAGUCCCAGCCUACUUUUCUGGGCAUUUACAGUGCCAGAGCACAGGGAAAACAGGGUCAGUUGUCCCAGUCUAAAAGUAAAGAUGCCUUCUGACAGCUUUGGUUGCAGGACAGUGGGAUUUGGAUUGGAUGGGGAAGCUGUUGGCUCUUGUCAGAUGCCCUCUCUUUCCUCCUCCCCCACUACAGAGACUCCAGUCACCCAGGCCACCAGUGCAGCCCUUCUCUCACUGCACAGUCAUGGUACAAAAACUGUGUUGUGCAUAAAGCCCGUGGCUACUGGAUGGAGUAGCUUGGCACAAAAUAGGAGGGGGUGGCAUCAGGGUAGAGGGAAGGGUUAAAGGGAGUUUAUACAUAGAAGAUGAGGAAAGAGUGGUGUGCCAAGAGGACUUGAGGAGUGGGGGAACAAGAAAACAAGGACCGUGGAAAGAAUUUGUUUCUUAGGACAGGCUUUGAAUCAGAAGAUGAGUGCAAUGGGGUUUGUCCUAGGGAAGAGCACAGAAAGGGGAGUGAAUCAAUGUGGGUUUUGGUGUGUGGGGGUGGCACAUGCCUGGCUUGUGCACUGCUUCCAUAGUAAUGAUGAUUGCUAGCAGUUUCCAUUUAGAUAGAUAGUGGAUGGUUGAAGCAUCAGAUCAGCUCCCUUCUUAUCACCCACCCUUCCCAAAUCUCCCCCAGGCUUUUGUCAUGAUCUCCCCAUGAUGGGGCUGGGUCUCCCCCAUGGUGGAGGUGGGAUGUGGCCAUGUUUGCAGCCCUGUGUCCCACCUUGCCUGGCUGUUCCCUGUGCCUGACAAACAUGUCCUGGCUGAAAGGAGACCCACUGGUGCAUCCUCUCCUCCCUUGUCCCUGACCUUAGUCUCAUUAUCCUUUACUUUUUUAUCCCUCCCUUAGCUUUUGGUCUUGCCCAUGGAUAGAGCUCCCCAAAGCUUUUGGUGAGACCGUCAUUAAACAUCCACUCUCUCAGUGCCUGGGAGGCAGAGGGUGAUUGCCCCUGCAGUCCCCCUGCCUGGGAGAGAAGUGCAUGUCUUCCACCCCUCUCUGUCUCCUUGUGUUUUGUAUGUGGAAAAUCUUAACCCGCUUCUUUUUCUCUGGGUUCCCUUGUUGGCUCUUAUCCCUGUGGGUGGGUCAUUUCCGUGUCUCCAUUGCAAAGUCAUCCUUGUAAAAACAACAGCAUGAGUGGGAAUGUGGAGAUGGUUAGAGAGAGCCACAGAGCCAGGGCCCAGCUCUGCUCUGUAGGAGCUGAGGAGGCCUUUGGCAACUCAAAACUGUGGCCACACGGUCCUGUGCACAGUGCUGGGCUCCAGAGAACACUUUUGUUCUUUAUCAUUUCAUUGUCUGUAAUUGGUUUCCUACUGAAUUUGUUUGCUUGGUUUGUUUUGCAGUGUGUUUCUGGGAAUAUUCUACAUCUCUGUAUUUUAAUUACAGUAAAAUUUGAAGAUAAAAACCGUGA